GGUAGAUAACUGUUGAGAACUUCCGGUGAAGAGCUCUUUAAUAACAACAAUUCCGUUUGAGAGGCGGUGGUUAUUUUCCUGUCAAAUUUUCGGAAUAUAAACAUAAAUCAUGGAUGAAGUGAUGUUUGAAUUCCUACACAUGGAAAUAAUUAACUAUGUCUACCGAACGGCGACAAAAGACGAGAAAGAAAACUGUAUUUCCCACCUAGAAUCGUUAGGAUUCCGCGUUGGACAGUCACUGGUGGAGCGCUUUACCCGCGACUGGCCCCGAUAUAAGGACGAACUGGACACGAUGAAAUUUAUAUGUAAAGACUUUUGGAUGGCUGUGUACAAGAAACAAGUGGACAACCUACGUACCAACCACAUGGGAGUGUAUGUAUUGCUUGAUAACCGUUUUCGUUUCCUUGUGCAGUUGUCUUCAGGAAAGCAGUAUCUCGAAAACGCCCCAAAAUAUUUAGCCAUGUCUUGUGGUAUCAUACGUGGAGCCCUUUCCAAUUUGGGAAUCAACUGUGUGGUCACGGCUGAAGUUACAGUUAUGCCAUCCUGCAAAUUCCAGAUCCAUAUUCAAAGACUUUAGUGAUGUAGUCAUGCCUUUAGAUAAUCACAAUCUCUCUGUCUUGUUGAUGAGUAUGUCGGGGUAAUAUUUAUAUUCCGGACAUACGGAGUCGAUGAACCAAGUCUUCUACUGUGUUACUGUGGAGAUAGGAUUACCCUUUAUACAUGCAUUCUGUUUGGGUGUGUGUGUGUGUGUGUAUCUAUAUAUCUAUCUAUCUUUAUAUGACACAAAGAGAGUUGUUGCCAGUUUGGAAACUAAAAACAUAUUGUAAAAAUAAACUUUCUUUUUAAAAAGAUCCAUUUAUAUUUUAUGGAAAGCACUUUGGUAAAACCCGGCGCAACCCUGUAACCAGUAUCCACUCACCUCAUCAGUAACAACAACAACAACCAGUGACACAUUCCAGCUGCGAUCUCCGUUCCAUGUCUUUAUAUGUUCUGUGGGUGUAUGAUUAAUUUAUUUGUCAGAUGGAAUUGGUGGUGCUGAGAUUCCGUCACUAUUUUUUCUGAAAACAUUUGUUAAAGUCUAUUGUUUGAUAAUUCAAUGUAAUAUUAAUUUUAUCUCACGAGAACAUCUUUUUAUUAUUAUUAUUAUGAUUUUUUAAUUUUUUAGUUAAGGACUUCUGUCCGUAUGGUUUUUUUCUCAGAAAUAUAAUCCAGCCAGGAGCAAGUAACAAGAUCCAAAACUAAUCCAUUUACUAAAUGCUGAGACUGAUUUACCACCAUAAACAGCGUAUCGAAUCCUUCUGUUUGUAUUUAAAGAUAAGAUUUGUUUGUGAUUAAGAAUUUCUCCCAAACAACAGUGAUUACCAUUAAAGUAUCGGAUGGUCUAUUUAGUUUAACUUUGCUCUUAAGUUCGAAGAUCUUGCUAUCUUCUGAAAGCUACCAGUUGUAUGUUAGUAUUGAAAUAUUAACUUUUCUCAGAUGUAAUUAUUAUUACCAUUAUUUUUCUUUUUGUCCC